AUGAUUACGGAAUAUAACGAGACUCCGGAACGUCUGGAGAUGGCGAACGAGACAGUCAGAUCAUCCGAGCUAGAGUCCGACUCGUUCAGCUCCCCACUUCCCGAUCCAGUCCCAGAAGCCGCGGACGAAGGAGGAAAAGAAGAAGAAUUGGAUGAAGGCUCGGGUGGGGCCGAUCUGGGAAGUUUCUUGGAAGGUGUUGAGGGGUUCAACGACAAUAGCCGGGAGGCCGAACGGGUGAUGGAAGAAUCCCUGGAUCGUGAGCUUGGCUGA